AUGUCGAUCCGCCGCCUCGGCGCUUCGGAUUUUCGCGGAGUCCGCGAGCGCCGCUCCGGCGCCUUCUCCUCCGAGAUCUGGUUUCGCAAAAAACGUCUCAUCCUCGGCACCUUCGACACCGCAGAGGAGGCGGCCCGCGCGCACGACGCGGCGGCGUGGCGCCUCCUGAGGCCUCGUCGGGAUAUGAAUUUUCCCAACGUGUCCAGCCAGCGGCGCAGGAUCUGGCGCCUCUCCCGCGGCUUUUCACCGACGAGGAUCAUCGUGUCCACCGGAGGCGGCUGCGUCGCCUCGCCAUCGCAGAGAAGGACGUGGAAGCCUUGGUGGUGUGGCGCGGAGGCUUCCCGCAGGACAUCGUCGACGAGCGCCAGUUCUACAAGCAAUUGA